UUCAGGAUUCAUUAUUUGUUAGUUGUUAGUAAGAAGGAAAAAAUAUUAGUUUUAUAAGUUUUUGCUUGAAAUUGGAAUAAUAUGUCGUUUUCAAUAUUGAAGAAAUGCGAUAGUCUGUUUAAAGCAAAUAUUAUCGUCCUUGCAUAAAAAAAAAAAGUUUGGUACCUAUUACAAAUGGCAUCAAAAUUCAGGGAAUCCUUUAAAGUUGUGGAUAAAGCACUAUUACGAUGGUUUCCGGGUCACAUGGGAAAAGGAAUGAAACAAAUGCAGCAAAAGCUUAAAUCCGUUGACUGUAUUAUAGAAGUGCACGAUGCUCGAAUACCAUUGUCUGGACGCAAUCCAGAUUUUAAGCAUACUAUUUCAGGAAUAAAACCCCAUAUCUUGGUGUUAAACAAAAUGGAUUUAACUGAUAUGAAAUAUAAAAAUGUCGUUGAAGAAAAAAUCAUACGUGAGCAAAACCUGUCAAAAGUAAUUUACACCAAUUGUAAGGAAUCGCUAUGCCCUGGAAUCAAAGAAAUCAUACCAACCGCACAACGUUUAAUAAAAUCAUCAAAUCGAUAUAAUCGUGCUGAAAAUAAAGAAUUCUGUAUUAUGAUCAUCGGUGUACCGAAUGUUGGGAAAUCUUCUUUAAUCAACUCAAUUAGAAAUACAUACUUAGGAAAAAAAAGUGCUGCUCAUGUGGGGGCUGUAGCUGGUAUUACCAGGUCUGUUCAAAGUCAAAUUAAAGUCAGCCAUAAUCCGUUAAUCUAUGUUUUCGACACUCCUGGAAUAUUGUCACCAUCAAUUAAAAAUGUCGAGACUGGAUUGAAGCUAGCUCUUUGUGCUACGUUACAAGACCAUUUAGUUGGUGAACAAAUUAUUGCAGAUUACUUAUUGUACUAUCUAAACAAAACUAAUAACUUUGACUAUGUUAGUUACUUGAAUUGUGACGAACCUACCGACGAUAUAAGGAUAGCCUUAGCAAAAGCAGCAAUACAUCGUCAAGCUAGUAUCAAGUAUCGAAACUUUGAUGGAUCAUAUAUAUACCGUCCGGAUUUACUGGGAAUGGCCAGAAAUUUUAUAAAUGCUUUUAGAACCGGGGUAUUUGGAGGAAUAUUAUUAGAUUCAGAUUUGUUAUAAUAUUUUAACAAAUGAAUGUGUAGUUUUUAAUAAAACAAAUUCAAAAAUUGAA